AUGGAAGGGCGAGUGUGUGCUAUUUUUGUCGUAGUACAGUUCUUAGGUGGUUCUAUCGAUAUACUUGACUUUUUCCACCGUGCGUGGAAUGCGGAAUUAUUACGAAAUGCCGCUGCUGUUCCUACUGGCUGUCUUCUUCGUUUUCCCCUCUUGCGCCUGCAGGACCCGCAUACACCUCAUACAACUAAUAUUGGUAGUGGUGUAGUGGCAUCUCUUCACAGUAGCGGGGCAUUACGAGUGGCGACCAGCGGCUCUAUUGAACACGCACUCGCGAUUGCAGACUUUGUGCAUGCGUACGUUUCCCGGCGUUUACCAGCGGCGUAUACUUCUCUUGGAGCUACAAAGAGUAUUACCUUUUUUCAAGUGGUUCUCUAUCCUGCACCUUCACAACAGGAAGGAACGCAUAAUAAUAAUAAUAGUAAUAGUAAUAGUAAUAAGAAAACGGGUAAGAAGAAACAGGAGGUGGAGGAGGUGGAUACUUCAGAGAAUGGAGCCAAAUGGUUACGGGAACGAAUAGCAUUUUAUACCUCUACCAGUCAUCAUCAUCAUCAUACCUAUACUACAUCCACUAGUGGAAUGGGAGGUAUAAUGAAUAAUAAUAAUAAUAAUAAUAAUAAUAAUAAUAGUGAAGUAUAUACACAUUGGUGGCGUUAUGUUACGGAUAUUUCCGUAGCCCCGCAACAGUAUCGGCGUACAUUACGUAUUGUGUGUCACUUUAAAACCCCACCAGUCUCUCAUACUAUUCCACAGACCAUUAAUAAUAUUAAUAAUAAUCAUAAUCAUAUUAAUGAUAUUAAUAAUAAUAUGAAUAAUUCUAUUCAAACAAUCGAACGGGAUGCGGAUGCCUUCUUCUUUGGUAGUGAACUCAUGUCUGUGAUUCCAAUGGGAAGUGUAUUUGUGGCUGCCCCGCACAGUACCGGUGGACGUAAACGAUCCCGACGCGAAGAUGAAAUGGAAAUGUUUAGUCAUCAUCAUCCUGAUGAUAAUAAUCAUGAGGAUCCCUCUCAGGCAGUAGAGCCCAAUAUAGAAGAAGAAGAAGAAGAAGAAGAAGAAGAAGAGAAAAUAACAACACCUCUGAAGGAAGAAAAAGAAGAAAAAGAGAAAGAGGAAAAAGAAAGAGUUCCUAUGGUAUCUCUCUGCCCUUUAGUGCCAAAGGCGCAGUUGAAGGUGGAGGCAUUAGUGUACCGCACGGGUCGUGUGUUUGUGACCGCUGACUCCGUAGAGGCGUUAUCAUUUGUAGUGGAACAGGUGCUACUGCCGUUAUUUCGAAAAGAUGGCACUAUUGAAUUUAAUUAA